GAACCGGGACGUAUACGCGUGUCAUCGUCGAUCGUCAAUCGUCUACCUCGAGAAGACGUGGAAAAGGAGAGUAGAGAAAAAGAGAGAGGAAGAAAGACAGAGAGAGCCAUGAGACUAGCAGCAGUGCUGACGUUGCUGUGCUGUCUGGCGAUAGGGGUACUUGCCUCGCCGGUGCCUAAGAUUGCUGACAGCAAGGUGUCGACACAGAAUGUUGUUGCGACCGGCAGGCAAGCGCCUGCGGCGCCAGCCGCCACUGAUGAUGAUGAUGAUGACGACGACGACGACGAUGACGACGAUGUCGAUUUAGAUAUCACCGAUGAUGAUGAUGAUGACGAUGAUGACGACGAUGAUGACGACGACGACGAUGAUGAAGAUGACGGCGAUUAUUUGGAGCGUUUCAUUGAAGACAUACUUGGAGGAGAGGAAGAUGAUGAUGAUGAUGACGAGGAUGAAGCUUCACCAGCACCUAUUCCAUCCGCCGUAACACCUCCACCUACCCCCGUCAAUUCGCCGCAGGUGCCGCUUGCCGUGGCGGCUGAUUUGAAUCAGGCCAGCGAGGAAGCUGCAGAGGAUGCCGUGUCAAGUGAAACGGCCGAAGACGAUGCCAGCAGCUACGAGGAUGAGGCGAGUGACGCUGCCGAGAGUCAGGCUGCAUCCAACAUUCAUGAGACAACGUUCGAAGGUGCCGAGUCCGUCUCGAAUCCAGUAUCAAUUCAGGCCGUUCCCAGCGUUGUAGCGGCUGCUCCGAGCAGUGACGAGGAUGAUGAUGAUGAUGAUGAUGACGAUGAUGACGACGACGAUGUAGAUCUAGAUAUCACAGAUGAUGAUGACGAUGACGAUGACGACGAUGAUGAUGAUGACGACGAUGAUGACGACGACGAUGUGGAUGAUAUCGCCGAUAUCGCCGACGCUAGGCAUGCACGUGCCAUGGACUCCGAUUCGAGUGGUCACGUGUCAGCGAUUUAUGUAGCAAAAUAUAAUCGAUUGGUCGACAAUAUUCUCAGCAAGAUCAACAAUAUUCUGCGGGCCAAUUAUGAACCAGUGACUGUGAAACUAACGAAUUCAAAUUCAAGCUCCAAGAAGAACAAAAACAAGACUAAGAAGAAGGGCACCAAGAAUGGUACUAAGAAGAGCGCCUCAAGGCCGAUCGAUACUGAAAAGAGUGACAAUGAAAAUAAUAUCGAGAAAGUCACGCAGACCAUUGAAUCUGUAACGCAAACAAACGAAAUGGAAAAAGAACCGAUUUCAUUUGAAUCUCGUGCAGAAAUGAGAUCUAAUAAUAGACGUAUGACGAAUAAGAACAAUAAGAACUUUAACAAAAAUCGCAAACGAACGAAGAAUAAGACGAAAAAUCAAAGUAGCAAGAACAAGACCAAGUCUAAAAGCAGACCAAAAGCAAGAGCCACUCUGUAUGGAUUGGCAUCCUUGCAGAGGACGGGAGACGUAUCGGUGAACAUGAUGAGCGAUCACACGACAAUUAAGACUAAGUUCAGUCUGGGACCGCUGGUGCUGAAAGUCGAGAAAGAGUUUGGCAGGGCCGCGAAAAAGGAGCUGAGGAGCGCGACCGCUACUACAGCCGAGAUGUCUGGCAAGCUGAGCCUUCGUGUGUUGCACGGCGGUGCGGCGACGCUGCAUUCUAUUCGAGUUUUGCAACCUAAACAGGUUCGAGUGGAAAGCCAAGACGAUCAUGAUCGAACGCGGGAGUUUGUGUGGAAGAGAUCGUCGCAUAUUGCGCAUUUGGUGUCGCAGAAACUUUCCUCGGCCACCAGGUCAAUGCUUCGACCGCCGCCUGUUCCACCUGCAGCUUAAACUAUAUAUUCCUGCCGUUCUUUGGUCCAACUGAAACCACCAAUAACAACUAAUCGAAAUGAGAAUCGAUCCACGAGGAAUCCUCAUUGAAGAAUGCAAUGUGAUGCGUGUCAUCUUUUACGAUAUACAUUUACGAUAUACAUCAGCGAAUCGCAAAAGUUGCGCGAUAUAACUUCGACAGAUUUCUUAAUCAUAUUAAUAAAUAAUUUUUUUUACAUACUUGCAAGGGAAAGUAACGUUGAAACGCAUGUAUGGUGUCCCACUUGCACUACGUUAUUUUUUUUUGACAGAUC